AUGGAUCUAGGUCCCGGAGAAACCAUGAUCUCCUUUGCUUGCUCUAGUGGCCCAACCCAGCAGGCCAGUUCCCCGGGGAGUCCCCUCCGCAAGUGCGUUUGGCUGCAUGGUGAUUUUGAUAGGAUGUCCCCGAAAGCUACAAGUGAUAGCGACCUCCUGCGGCCUUUUCAACCCCCUCAUCCCCAUAAGGCCCCCGUUAAGGGUCGUAACGGUCCCGUGUGGCUGGAGUAUACACAGACCAAUGCACAACCAUGCAUGGCUUUGCAAGGUGCAUACAAGCCGGUGGCGGACAUAAUUCUCGCAAACGCCACGGCUACGAAUUGA